AUGCAGUCUUUAUGAAAAAGAAUUCACAUGGAUAUCCAUAUAAUACUAAAGACUGUUACAAAUCCAUAGGUUUUCUGAACACGCACCCUAAUCGCUUUCACCCUGUGUGGCUAAGUAUUUGAUGAAAUUUCGGCGCAUAAAGUGCCUAGAAUUCGACGUUGUGGAUUGCUAUCGAUAAGCAUCGUGGUAACGUCAGAAUUCACAUUCCCACAGCGUCUCGAUUAUAUUUCGCGCCUAAGUACGUUACGCUAAUAUAACACAAACUUGUUGCAGAUUAAUGUCAGGCAUUGCGAUUGCUAGGCUCGCCGAAGAGCGAAAAGCAUGGAGGAAAGAUCAUCCUUUCGGAUUUGUAGCACGACCAGUUAAAAAUCAAGAUGGAUCUCUUAACUUGAUGAAUUGGGAAUGUGCCAUACCAGGAAAAAAAUCUACACCAUGGGAAGGUGGAUUAUAUAAACUACGUAUGAUUUUUAAGGAUGAUUAUCCCUCCAGUCCACCAAAAUGUAAAUUUGAACCUCCUUUAUUUCAUCCAAAUGUCUAUCCUUCAGGAACAGUAUGUUUAUCACUCUUAGAUGAAGAGAAAGAUUGGAGACCUGCCAUUACAAUUAAACAAAUUCUACUUGGUAUACAAGAUUUAUUAAAUGAACCUAAUGUCAAAGAUCCAGCUCAAGCAGAAGCAUAUACAAUAUAUUGUCAAAAUCGCUUGGAAUAUGAAAAACGUGUGAGAGCUCAAGCCAGAGCAAUGGCUCCACAGGAAUAAAAUUAUAUUGAGUCUCAUUAAAUUCAAAUAUUCCAAUUACAUGAGGAGGUUAUCAUAUAUCUAUAGUAUAUUCUAAUAAUGAUCUACAUUUCUUAUCUUUUUUAUAAGUAACAUUAGCAUAUGAUGUAGCUAAUUUACUAUUAUUUGCAUUUUUGUUCUUGUUUCGUUGACAAAAUUCUUAUAUGUAUACAUAUUCUCUAGAAACAACACUAAUCUCAUAAGGCAUAAAAAGAUAUCCUACGAUUCCGAUGAAAAAUAUUAUUGAAAAAUUUUACAUAAUAUCACAAUAAAUUAUAUAUUAUCAUUUAUUUGUAAAAUGUGGAAAGCAUUUCUUUUUUAAGUUAAAAAAUUUAAUUCUUAAGGCUUAGUGACAAUUAUUGAUAAGUCGUGAAAAUAAGAUAUGUAAGAAAAUGAAAAAACGUGAUAUAGUUUCAAAACAUCUAUUCAUUCUGCAGAUUUUAAACUGUCAAUAUCUUUAAAAAAAAAAAAAAAUGUAUUUAAAAA